AGCACAAUGGCCAUUACAGGUGUCCCGCUAGAGCGACAUGAUGGUGGAAUCUGCCUCGGAGACAAUCAGGUCAGCUCCCUCUGGUCAGAACGGCGUGGGCAGCCUCUCCGGGCAGGCCGAUGGCAGCGGUGGUGCCGGGGCUGCAGGCGCUGCUGGAGGCGGUGCGGGCAGGGACGCAGCUGCGGGCGCCGACAGCAACGGGGAGAUGAGCCCUGCGGAUCUGCUGCACUUCCAGCAGCAACAGGCUCUCCAGGUAGCCCGGCAGUUCCUGCUGCAGCAAGCCUCGGGCCUGAGCUCCCCCGGGAACAAUGACAGCAAGCAGUCAGCCUCUGCGGUGCAGGUGCCCGUGUCGGUGGCCAUGAUGUCGCCGCAGAUGCUCACCCCCCAGCAGAUGCAGCAGAUCCUGUCGCCCCCACAGCUGCAGGCCUUGCUCCAGCAGCAACAGGCGCUCAUGCUCCAGCAGCUGCAGGAAUAUUACAAGAAGCAGCAAGAACAGCUCCACUUGCAGCUCCUCACCCAACAGCAGGCUGGGAAGCAGCAACCCAAAGAGGCACUGGGGAACAAGCAGCUGGCCUUCCAGCAGCAGCUCCUGCAAAUGCAACAGCUGCAGCAGCAGCACCUGCUCAACCUGCAGAGACAGGGGCUGGUCAGCCUGCAGCCCAGCCAAGCCUCGGGGCCCCUCCAGACCCUUCCACAAGCAGCCGUGUGCCCGACAGACCUGCCCCAGCUGUGGAAGGGCGAGGGUGCCCCCGGGCAGCCCGCUGAGGACAGUGUCAAGCAGGAGGGGCUGGACCUCACUGGCACGGCCACCACCGCUACCUCGUUCGCCGCCCCCCCCAAAGUCUCACCCCCGCUCUCCCACCACACCUUGCCCAACGGACAGCCCACUGUGCUCACACCUCGGAGAGACAGCUCCUCCCAUGAGGAGACCCCUGGUUCCCACCCUCUCUAUGGACACGGGGAGUGCAAGUGGCCUGGCUGUGAGACCCUGUGUGAAGACCUGGGCCAGUUUAUCAAACACCUCAACACGGAGCACGCCCUGGACGACCGGAGCACGGCCCAGUGCCGGGUGCAGAUGCAGGUGGUGCAGCAGCUGGAGAUCCAGGUGCGGCUGAGGCUGCGAGGGAUGCGGACUCGGGGCUCCUGCCCCACCCCACCCACAGCACUGGCUUUCCAGGCGGGGUGUGGGGGGGUCUUACGGAGGGGUCAUGUGGUCAGAGUCAGCGUCUUUUAUUUUCUAGGCCCUAGUUACCAUGGUUCUGAGGUGAGGGCAGCUGGAUUCUGAGGGGUGAACCAGGGUCAGGCUGGGACUCCUCUGCUGGGAGGUCCAGAAAAGAGACUCACGCUAGUAAACACGAAAAUCACAUUCCUAGCUAGCACACGGAGCACUGACGUUGUGCCGUCCUGAAUGCGCUGCCUGGAUAACUCAGUCCCCUAAACAGGCUUGUGUGGUGGGUACUGUUGUUAUCCCCACUUUACAGGCUCAGAGAGGCGAAGCAACUCGCCCCCGGUCACACAGCAGCAGGCUGCACAGCUGGGCUUAGCGCCGCGCCAGCCUGGCUCCCGAGCCUGAGCUCCGUAGCACAAGAGGCUCCUCCAGCCAGGCCGCCAGGCAGCCCAUCCAUAUUGACCCGUUUCCCUCGGGCACAGAGCAGAAGGCCCUGCCGUGAAAGAUCUAUUGAACUUAUGAAUGGGGGUGAAUGAAUCAUUCAUCCGUCCCUGUGUCUCCAUUCAGUGCACGAGGACCCUCUCACACACAAGUGCCACCGAACUUGGGUGUUGUUCAGCCACAGCCUCUGCCCUCGUUGGGAGAAAAGGCGUGUGCUGUUAGGAAGAGGGCCCUGCCUGUUGGUGCGCCGGAGCCUGGGACACGCAGUCUGGAGGAGAAGCAAGGAGGGCUUCCUGGAGCAGGCGGUCCCUGUCCUGGCCUUGAGGGUGUGAGGGGCCAGAGUGGCAGGGCCAGAGGGAGCUGGGCUGCUGAGGCUGGGAGGCGAGUGGUGGUGGGAAUAGGGGCUUCCUGGGAAGCCUGGUGGAAUGUGGAGGAG